GAGUUGACAGAAGUAGAGGAGGCCAUUCAGAGGAAAACUCCAGAAGCUGCUUAUACAGGACAUAUUGAUCAGAUAUGGGCCAAGCUGCAACGCAGCCAAGUACCAACUGGCACUUGAAAGAAAAUGGAAGAGAUCACCACACAAGUAAAUUUUCUAGCAAAGAGUUGAUUGUGAGGAGAGGACAGGCCUUCAUUGUCACCUUCAAUGGAAUAGAACAGCCUGAGCAAAACUUAACAUUCAUCGCAGAAACAGGUCCAAAACCCUCAAAGCUGGCUAAGACCCAGGCCACAUUCAGUAUCUCCACCACAGUGAGCAAGGACAGCUGGAGUGCAGUUCUGCAGUCUACUAGUUCCAACUCUGUGAGCAUCUCCAUUUCCAGCCCACCUAAUGCUGUCAUUGGACGUUACAAGCUGAGUGUUCAAAGUACUUCAAGUGGCAGCUCCUCUCCAGCAAGCCUUGGCACUUUUGUUUUGCUCUUUAACCCUUGGUCUUCAGGUGAUGAUGUGUUCAUGCCUAACAAGGCUGAGUGUGAGGAAUAUGUGCUAGAAGAAUUUGGCAUCAUUUUUGCGGGCAAUAAAAAUCAUAUCAACAGCUUUGGAUGGAACUUUGGCCAGUUCCAAGGAGAUAUUCUCAAUAUUUGCCUCUCCAUGAUGGAUCGAAGCUUAAACUAUCGUCAGGAUCCUGCCACAGAUCUGUCUCACCGAAAUGACCCCAAAUAUCUGGGCCGUGUUCUCAGUGCAAUGGUCAACGCCAAUGAUGACCAAGGGGUACUGCUAGGAAACUGGAGCGGAAAUUAUGAGGGUGGGAAAAGUCCAAGCAGCUGGACUGGAAGUGGUGAAAUCCUGCAAAACUGGAAGAAAUCAGGAUUCAAACCUGUUAGAUAUGGACAAUGUUGGGUUUUUGCAGCAGUAUUGACUACAGUGCUUAGAUGUCUGGGGAUUCCCACUCGUACAAUUACAAACUUCAGCUCUGCCCACGAUGCAGAUGGAAAUCUGCGUGUGGAUGAGUUUUACGAUGCUUCUGGAAAUCAUUUGGACAGGGCAGCUGACAGCAUAUGGAAUUUUCAUGUCUGGAAUGAGAGCUGGUUUUCCCGCAGUGACUUGGGCCCCUCAUACAGUGGGUGGCAAGUUCUGGAUGCAACUCCCCAAGAAGAAAGUGAAGGAAUUUAUCAGUGUGGUCCUGCCUCACGCUACGCCAUCAAAGAAGGGGAUGUAGAUCUGGACUAUGAUUGCCCAUUCGUAUUUGCAGAAGUGAAUGCAGACUGUAUGUACUGGAAUUAUGACCCUGCAACUGGAAAGAAAACAUUAAUGUUCUCGCAGUCUACCGUAAUUGGCCAAUUCAUGAGCACAAAGGCAGUUGGUAGAGAUGAUCGCGUAGAUGUCACCAAUGAUUACAAAUAUGAAGAAGGGUCUACAAAAGAAAGAGAUAUUUUUAAAAAAGCCCGUAAGAAGCUGGGACUUGAAGAUAAAUUUGAUCCUACGGCACCAACACCACAGGAAAUCGAUCAAAAGCCUGACAUCUCAGGGAAGUUCAAGGUGGCUGGCCCUUUAGAGGUUGGCAAAGAUCUCAAUCUAAUUCUGGUUCUUGCAAACUUACAGUCUCAUGCUAAGACUGUUCAUGUAAAUAUGACUGCUUGGAGCACUGUGUACACUAGAAGACCAGUUAAUGAGAUCUGGAAGGACUUCAUAUCUGUCACUCUGUCUCCUAAGGAAGAGAAACAAUUUCCCAUUAAGAUACCAUAUACUGAAUAUCAUCAGCAGUUAACUACAGACAAUGUGAUCCAGGUAACAGCUUUAUGUCACGUAGAAGGUGGGAUUCAAGUGCUAGUGCAAAGAGACAUCACCCUGGACAACCCUGCCAUUGACAUAGAGGUACUUGGUGAAGUGAAAGUGAAUAAAGAAGUGGAUGUGGAAGUGAUAUUUACCAAUCCUAUUGAUGUGGAAGUGACGGACUGUGUGCUGCAGGUAGAAGGCAAUGACCUGCUCAGAGGAAUCCUUGAGAUAAACGUACCACCACUGAAAGCCAGUGAGAAAUCCAGUACAAAGUUUACACUUACCCCUUUUGAGACGGGUCCCAAACAUCUACUAGUUAAUUUCUCCUGUGAUAAAUUUGCAGAUAUCAAGACCUUUAAGAUGAUAAAUGUGAUCAACUAA